AUCGCCUUGUAAUUUGUUGUGUCAUUGGUGUGUUUUGGAUGUGGGUUUUCAAGUCAAGGUCUCCUGUCUGAUGUCCCACUCGGUGGUGAAUGGUCGGCAGCCGUGAGCUGAGUGGGUUGGUUGGUUGGUUAGUGAGCGGUUCCUGACUGCUAUAGGAGCAAGGCCAACCCCUCAAUAAUAAACACACACACACAUUGCAUGUCUCUCACGCCGAGUAAAUAAAUAGCCCAUCAAUUCAGGUGAGGAGACGGAGAUGGACACCGAGCGGCUGAAGAUGAAGUGCCACAUUUGUGGCCACGUUACUAAAGAAAAAGCUCCCAAAUUCUGCAGCGAAUGUGGGACCAAACUGGUAGAAAGCAUUGUGAAGAAUGCAAUGGCCCUGAUUAGUGGGAAGAGAGAAACAGAAGCUCCAAAUUUAUUAAUGCACUCGGAUGUAGGCCUGGAAGUGUCUUCCACCACCCAGACAAGUACUGAAAGUGAAGUGUCUUCCCUGGAACCAGAGGCUCCUCCUUGUAAGAUGCAGUGUGGUCAAAACUCAGCCAUUUUAGAAAAGGAAAACAAAACAUCUGAGCACCCACGAAAGAAAAACUCUAAAAAGAAAAAAAGAAAAAAGGGAUUGAAGAAAUUGAAUGCAGCUGAUAAAGAGAUCCCUGCUCUUCAACUCAAACACUUGAGUGAAAGUGAACAUAAGGACAUUAAAACUGAACAACACAUUAAAGUUGAUAAUGCAACUGAUCAACACAACAAAGUUGGUAAUGGAACUAGUGGUUACUCUGCCAGCAAUGAUUUGACCAGUGACCUACACUCUGCUAGCGAUAUUGCUGAUCUGCAGGGUGCUGUAGAUGAUAAGCAUUCUCCCAACUCAACAGAUAUGGAGAGAACUCCAGAUAGUUGCAGUCCAAUCAAAGAUCAGGUAAAUCCAGGCUCCGCAGAGUCCAAAGACAGUAUUGUAACUGCUGAGAACAAGGAUGGUGCAGUCCAAUCUGCUACUGAGAGUAGCCUGCUUCACCCAAUCAAGAACAACCAGUCAGCCCAUGUAAUGGGUGAUGGAAUUUUAACCACUGAGAAACUGAGCAGCGGGAAAGAUGACAUUGAACUUGGAAGAGAAGAUGGUUCAGGUGAAUCUGGAUCAGCAGCCAUUAACGCUGACAGUAAGCAACUCCAUUCAGCAGACAGCGACUUAAGUAGUUCUGUUGAAGAAAAAAAUGACGAGCAAUAUGACAUGAAGGAAAAGGACAUUCCACUCACUAAGAAAAAGAGAAAGAAGAGAUCAAAGAAAUUGAAUGCAGCUGAUAAAUGUAAAGGCAUUUCCUCUGCUUCUCAACUCAAACACUUGCAUUCAGACAGUGAACACAGGGAUAUUGAAAUAGAAGAAAGCAAAGUUGAUGAUGAAACUAGUGGUUACUCUGUCAGCAGUGAUUUGACUAGUGACCUAAACUCUGCUAGUGAUAUUGCUGAUAUGCAGGCUGGUGUAAAUGAUGGACAUACUCCCAACUCUACAGAAAUGGAGGAAACUCCAGGUAGUUGCAGUCCAAUCAAAGCCUUCACAUUAUCCAAAGACAGCAUUAUAACUGCUAAGAACAAAGCUGGUGCAGUCCAAUCUGCCUCUGAAAGUGGCCUGCUUCACUCAAAUGAGAACAACCAGUCAGCCUAUGUAAUGGGUGAUGGAAUUUUAACCACUGAGAAACGGAGUAGCGGAAAAGAUGACACUGAACUUGAAAGAGAAGAUGGUUCAGGUGAAUCUGGAUCAGCAGCCACUAAUACUGACAGUGAACAACUUUAUACAGCUGAUAGCGACUUGAGUAGUUCGAUUGAAGAAAAAAAUAAUAAGCAAUAUGAUUCAAAGAAAGAAAAGGACAUUCUGUGCACCAAGGGUGAAUAUCCAGGAACUUCUAAUAUAGAGAAUCAAAUUCAACAGAACAAAAAGAAAGGACUUGAGCAUGACUCCGAAGUUGGGCAAGAAAAAUGGCUUGAUAGUUCAUUGGUGCCGAUGAAGCGGAAAAACAGUACAGAAUUGUCUACUACAACAAUGGACAACAAAAGCAAUGAGCAUGGCACUGAAUCUGAGAGUCUAAACAGAAAAGACAAAAAGAAAAAGAAAAAAGAUUCAAGUAACAAGUCUUCUAUCCAAAGGUACAACGUUUUAACGCAGGCAGAAACUGUUGUCAUUUAUUUCCAUGCAUUAUUAUCGAAGGAUUUUAAAUUCAGUCCGGAAUCAGAUGUGGUAGUUGUGAGAGGUCUCGGCGGGGACUGGAGCACGGAUAUGUUGGAGAUGCGUGUAACCAAGAAUUUGAAAGAACAUGGAUACUUAAUUGAAGGGCAGCUAUUUGCCCACAAAAGAAUAGUUGGAAAAACACUUGCUUAUAAAUAUGCAAUCCGUAAAACACAAGCUGAUAAAUUGGAAUAUGAAAUGAUUUAUAAGUGGGAUACACCUGAUGAAUGUACUACUAACCGCUGUUUACACAUUAAAUCAAACUUGGUUAGUGAAGGAGAAUGGCAUCAGUAUGACGAUAUUAUCUGUGCGGCACCCGAAGAAGGUUGGAAAGCCCAAGUUAAGCAGUUCUUCAGAAUUAGUAAAAAAAAUGAUGUAACAAAAGGAAAACUAAUAGCUGGAGAAAUCUUGAUGGAGUCGAUGUUUAGCAUCCUUUCAACAUGGAAUGAAAGAAAUUUGAAGAGUUUCCUGAGUCAACUGCAGCAAUUCUUUGACGUUUAUAAACGUCCUAUGGUUUUUGAAGGACGUCCAGUUCAUUGGUUUGCUCUUUCGAUUGGGGAGAAAGAAGUUAAGGAUCUCCUGUACAAAGUUUUGAAAGAAAGGGCUAAGUGUCCUGAUAAUGAAGCUUCAGAAGUCAAGACAAUCUCUGUGAAAAAUCGUCUGCAAACAGGCGUGCUGUUCUUGUACCUGGCUGAUACCUAUGGUCUUAAAACACAAGAAUCCGAUCUAAACAUAGUUUGUGAUCUGCUCUGCUUACAACAAAAAGCGGCGAAUACCCUUACUGAGGAAUUUGAGGCACUUAAAGAAAGCUUCCAUUUUGGUGAAAACAUUAAAACAUUACUGCUGCAGAUGAUGAUCAGAUGCAUUGAUGAGAAAAUAAUAAAAUGGGUGCAGGUGAUUCCUGUUUUCCAUUUAUUUGGUGUUUCACCCAACCCAGCGAUUCCAGAUCUUCUAGACACAAGUUUUAAAUCUGAAGACAGCUGGGCUGGACUUGAUGGACUUCCAAUUGUUAAUUUCAGAGAAAAACUUCAAUUCAGAAACUCAUGGGAGCUGCUUGAUCUGAUGUCCAAAAAUAAACAUUUGUUGGCAGUCGAUGGACUGUUAAUCCGAUCUUGGUUCAGCUUAUUGCCAUUCAAAGCUUUGCCGGAUUACUUAAAAAUGAUGACUCCUGAUCUGCUCGAUAUUCUCCAAGGAAUCUUUCAGAGAGUGAAGAGUGGUCACAUUUCAAACAGAAAUGAGUGUUUGGAAAAUCUGUUGAAGCAUGUAAAAGAAAGUGUGGAGAGUCAUCAAAACAGUGAUCUUGGCGGUGAAUAUAUUGAAGCGUGCAUGAAGACCAGUGUGAAAAUCCAUGAAAGGAUAUGUAAAUCUCUGAAAGCAAUGGAUUGUGUAGAUAUCAUCGCCAUUUCUGUUGGGUUAAUCAGCCAUCUUGCUGAAUUAAAAAAAUCCUCUCUAAAGAUUGCAGGUGAGAAUUCUCAAAAUGAGGAAGCCUCGACAAGGCGAAGCACUGAAGUAUUCGUAAAAAAAACUUUGUCAAUUACAAGAAGUUGGCUGAAAGAUGUCCUUAACACAGAAUCACUAUAUAGAUAUGGUAUUUUGAUCAAUCAGUCUGAACUCCAGAUGUGGGUCACGCUUAUAACUUUAUGCUUUGGAGAUAAGGAAUGGACUUCCAUUUGGAGCGAAGGACUCUUGAGUGACCUGGAAGGACGAAUAAAGAAGGAAAGUCCUCAAGAUCAGAUAGAAGUUUAUUGCCAAGUGAUUGAGAAGUUGAGCAGCUCGCAGCCUUUGGUUGCAAACUGUUUUGAGAAUUGUGCACUUGAUGCUGUCCACUCUAUAUGCCAGGACAAGUCUGAAGCCAAGCUUUUAGAUCAAUUGUUUCAUUACAAUUUGAGCAAGUUUGGAAAGUUGUUGUCAACAAUAAUUGAAAAUUCCUGGCCUAAAAACUUGGAUAAAAGCUUUAUGGAAGAUCCUGAUUCAGUUGUCCAGCAUUUACUUAAUUGGUCAGCUGUAAGAACCAUCUUUAAAUUGCAAGGAACGGAUAGCAAACUUAUUGAUCAGCUGUCAGAUAAAGCUCACAAUUUGAUGGCAAUAGCAGAUUCAGUGUUCUUGGAUCUGAUGAACAAACUUCUAGAUGGCUCCAUACAAAUAAAACAUUUGGAUUGGAUCUUAAACAAGAAGAACAGCUUUAUAGCUUUGCACAACACAAAAAAUGAUGAAUCUUUCAGAGGAAAAAACUUAAGAGAAUUAUUGAUGUGGCGACAAGAGGAACUAUUUGCAUUCAAUGAGGAAAGUAAUUGGAUGGACAGUCUCUUGAAAAUGUGUAAAAAAAUCAAUGAGUUUGUGAAAGUGGAAAUUGAAGAACCUGAAAAACUGCUUGAAGCCAAUGUUAGAUCAAAGGCGCUAAGUGAACUAGUGACCAUAAAGCGAAUGGAAGAUUUGAUGUCACUCCCCACUCAGGUUUCUUACUUCACUUUAAGUGAGGAGCUGAAAGAAAUGGCAAAAAACAUUCAUAACUUUAAAGAUAGCCAUGUUUUACAAAUGUGCUGGGAAAAGGAAGCCAAAGCAUUAUGCGAGGAAGAUACAACUAAUGAUGAAGAAGCAUUGGAGUCGACUCCGUCAAUAUCUCUCGAAGCUGUUCAUGCUAUGAUAUGGGUGCCAUGUUUGGAGAAGUACAAGGAAAUUUUUGAAGAAAUAAAGGAGGGGAGUCUUACAUUUAAACAGGUCGAUGCCAUCUUUAAAGUUUAUGUUGAUCGAUAUGAUGAUCUAAGGAGUGAUUUCAAAAUUAUGUGUGGAUUAGAGACGCGUACUAAAGGCAACUGGAUAGAAGAACGGAUCCAACAAAUUCAGGAAUACCACGAGCUCCAUUUGGCUGUUGAAUCUACCCAAGUAAUCAUGAAAGUCCAGAAUAUGUUGAGCCUUACUGGAAAUUUCAAUGUUCUGCAAACACUGUUAAAUUUGACAGAUGAAUCCUAUAAGAACGAAAGGCUAGACUGCAUAGAUGAAAAAUUUAUAGAAGCCAAAAACCGUCUUAAGGAAGUGAAAGAAUGUCGCAGAAAAUGUUUGGAAGAGCUUACUCUAAGGCAGCAAUUUGUACAUUGGGUCAAAGAAGCAUUAGAAGACACAAAUGAACUGAAAGUGUUUGUUGACCUGGCUUCAAUCUCAGCUGGUGAAAAUGACCUUGAUGUCGAUCGUGUGGCUUGCUUUCAUGAUGCUGUGUUAGCCUACUCUCCAUUACUUUUUGAACUAAAGCCAAAUGCUGGGUUUACUGACUUUAUGUCUUGUCUGCAGAAGUUGUGGAAUGCUUUAGACAAUGAUCCUGAUCUUUCUAAGAAGCUGCGAGAUUCAGCUCGUCAUUUGGACUGGCUAAAAACUGUGAAGGAAAGCCAUGGAUCUGUGGAACUGUCAUCCCUUUCACUGGCUUCAGCCAUAAACAACAAUGGAAUCUAUAUCAUCAGUUCUCAGGGGAAAAAUAAGCUUUCAUUAGGAUCAGCUAUCACAUUAAAUCUGUCAGAAGUGCACGAUGACAGUGAGGAGAUGCGAAGUUACACUUUCGAGGAAUUGAAAGAAUUGCAGAAUAAACUCAUGCUAAUGUCAGGCAAGGGAGACCAUGGACGAGAAGAAGUGGAAAGAUUUGUAGAGGUGUUUGCCAAUGUCCAAAGGCUUGCAACAUCUUUCAUCAGUCUGUCUUCGGCUGGCAACAUGUUAUUCAGAAAUUGGAAGGCAGAAGUAUAUUGUUCGAUUAAGAAUGAGGCUUGCAUGAUAAUUGAUUUUAAUUUAUAUGAAGUCAGUGAGAUUAAGGCUAUUGGAAAUGUCACUGAACAGCUUCCGAUUCUCUGUAAAAAGAUGGAAAUCUAUCUUGAAAAGUGGAAAAAAUAUAUGGAUCAACAAAGGUCUCAGUAUUAUUAUUUAAACUUCUACACAGCUGAGCAGAUUGUUUACCUCUGCACCGAGAUAUUUGCCCAGAAUUGCACUAGUCUACAUGUCCUGAUGAUGAUGUCCUUCAUUAAACCUGACUGUACUGCUAAAGAUGUAAGAAUAGCUCUGGAGAAACUUUUAGGAGGAAGUAAAAGCACAAGAAUCCAGCCGUUAGCUGGUGACAGGAAUGAUAGUGAAACUUCAGUGAAGACAAAAGCAGGUAUCCAAGACAUAGCCAAGGAAGGAGACAUAGAGAAAAAGAUGGACUUGCUGUGGGAGCACUAUAUGAAGAAUAUGAGUUAUUUUCUGUCCAACUGUCUUGAUGUCAGCACCCUUGGUGAACUUCUUGAUAUUGUUGCUGGCGCAAAGCAAACUGUUGCAAGAGCUCUUCCACCUGGCUUUCAGAAAGGUCAUCCUAACCUUGUUGUUUGCCCAUGCUCUGAUCUGCUCACAUCUGCUUUGUGCAUUUAUAUGUACUCCAGUGAUCAGCCGCUGCCUGCUUAUGACGAAGUACUGCUUUGCACAACUGAAACAACAUGCGAGCAGGUGGAGCUGUUCUUGCGCCGGUGCCUGAAUGGAUACGAAGGUUCCAAGAUAUAUGCGCUACUAUAUGCAGAUGAACUGACUUAUGAUGUCAGUGUGAAGUGCGAAGAACUGUUCAAAAGUCUGGAGUUGGAGAGUUCACCGGAUUAUAAAAUGGUCAUAUUAUGCAAUUGCGAGAGGGAGCACUGCUACAUUCCAUCAGCAUUUAGUCGAUAUAAGGUGCAUGUAAUUCCACAAGAACCUUUAGAGAAAAUCCAGAGUUAUCUGAAGGAGCACUACAGAAUUGCACCAGCCAUUUCAUCGGCAGCUUCUGUGUUUGAAGACAGGAUGUUUGUAAGGAUCAUAUCUUCAGAGAGAGCUGGAGUUGGGAAAUCACUUUACGUGAAGAGACUACAUGAAACAUUGAAGAAGCAAACCAGGAAUGUUAACGUAUUGAAAACCAUCCGCCUAAUAGAGCCACGGGUAGAUGAAAAUAAAGUUCUCAAAACCGUUUUGUCAUUUAUGAAAUCAUCAAAUGAGAAGGAGCCCAUGAUAUUUCACUUUGACAUUACUUCUUCUGUACAGAAAGGAUUAUGCGAGUUUCUUUUCAAACUACUCAUCUUGCGGUACUUGAUGGGCACCGAUGGAAAAAUGUGGAAGUGCAAGCCAUGUCAUAUGUACAUUGUAGAAAUGUUGGAGGGAUCGGGAUUCCUUUCUAGGAAACAUGCAAGACAAGGGGCCCAAGUGCCAAAGCACAGCUUUCUGGAUGUUUUCCCCAACAUAUAUUGUAGACCACCAAAAGAAGUACUUGAACAGGAAGUAAGGAAAUCUGAAAACCUGUCAUGGAAUGACAUUGAUCCUCUUAUGGAUGAUGAAGAAUUUCAGAGUGAGGCAUUUCAAAGGCCAUAUCAGUAUCUCAGAAGAUUCAAAAACCAAGAAAACCUGGAUACCUUUAGUUACCUGGAGGGAUCUGUUGAAGGCAGCCAUGUAGAGUGCCUGCAGCUGUUUCUGAUCUAUUGUGGGGUGAUGGAUCCUUCUUGGUCUGAGUUGCGGAAUUUUGCCUGUUUUCUUAAUCUGCAGUUGAAGGACUGUGAAACGUCUGUGUUUUGUGACUUUGAUUUCAUCAAAGAUACUCUGCAAGGAUUCAAAAGUUUUGUUGUUAAUUUCAUGAUUUUGAUGGCAAAAGAUUUUGCAACACCUUCUCUAAGUAUCUCAGACCAGAGCCCAGGAAGGGAAGCCAUAAACUUAGAAGGUAUUAAAGAAGAAGAUCUUGCACCAUUUCUUGUAAGAAAAAAGUGGGAAUCGGAACCGCAUCCAUACAUUUUUUUUAAUGAUGACCAUACAUCGAUGACUUUCAUUGGUUUCCACCUCCAAGAAAAUGGCCAUGGUGGGAUUGAUGCUAUAAACCCAUCAAAUGGCAAAAUUAUUAAACCAAAUAUAAUGACUCGUGAGCUGUACCAAGGUUUACUCCUACAAAGAGUCCCAUUCAACACAGAUUUUGACCAGCUUCCACGUAGUGACAAGAUUGAGCGUCUUUGUACAGUAUUGGGCAUUCAGUGGCCAAUGGAUCCUGAUGAAACCUAUGAGCUCACCACGGAUAACAUUUUAAAAAUUCUUGCGAUUCACAUGCGUUUUAGAUGUGGCAUUCCUGUGAUUAUCAUGGGGGAGACUGGUUGUGGCAAGACCAGGCUGAUCAAGUUUUUGAGUGAGUUGCGAAAAGCUGGUGCUAACACUGAGAACAUGAAACUAGUGAAAGUUCACGGUGGUACAACUGCAGACAUGAUCUAUUCAAAAAUUAAAGAUGCAGAAGCUCUUGCUAUGUGUAACAAGGCAAAUUUUGAUUUUGACACUAUUCUCUUUUUUGAUGAAGCCAAUACAACUGAAGCAGUUAGCUGCAUUAAAGAAGUUCUUUGUGAUCAGAUGAUUGAAGGGGAACCUUUAACUCCCAGUACAGGUUUGCAAAUAAUAGCAGCCUGCAAUCCCUACAGAAAACAUUCAGAUGGAAUGAUAAAGCGUUUAGAGUCAGCUGGGCUAGGCUACCGUGUUCGAGCAGAUGAAACGGAGGAUAAACUGGGAUCUAUUCCUUUGAGGCAGCUCGUUUAUCGUGUACAAGCUUUGCCACCAAGCAUGAUACCAUUAGUGUGGGAUUUUGGGCAACUUAAUGAUGUUACUGAGAAGAUGUACAUCCAGCAAAUUGUUCAAAGACUGGCUCAGUCCAUUUCCAUUCCCUCUACUAACAUUAAAUGCAUAGUGGAUGUUUUGUCAGCUUCACAACUUUUCAUGAGACACCAGCAAGAUGAGUGCAGUUUUGUCAGCCUUCGAGAUGUGGAGCGGUGCAUGAAAGUGUUUGUUUGGUUUUACAACCAUCAGCAGAUGCUGUUGAAUAAAUUGAAACAAUUCGUACAAGAUCAAGCCAAUAGGCAUGCGUCCCUUGCAUCGAGCAAUGAUGUCAUCUGGUGCUUAGUGUUGGCACUCGGAGUUUGUUAUCAUGCAUGUUUGGAAAAGAAGAAUGUUUAUCGGAAAGUCAUCUGCCGUCAUCUCCCCGCACCAUACAGCAAACCUGCCGAAUUUUUGGAGCAACUCGUGCUUCUGCAAGAUUUUUUGUUAAGUGGUGUACCACUGCGAGAAACGAUUGCAAGAAAUUCAGCAUUGAAGGAAAAUGUUUUCAUGAUGGUCAUUUGCAUUGAACUUAAAAUCCCACUGUUCUUGGUUGGAAAGCCUGGCAGUUCAAAGUCCCUUGCAAAAACGAUUGUCGCUGAUGCCAUGCAGGGACAAGCAGCUCAUACUGACCUGUAUAAAGAACUAAAACAGAUCCAUCUAGUAUCAUUUCAGUGCAGUCCUCAUUCCACCGCUGAGGGGAUCAUUAAUACAUUUAAGCAGUGUGCACGCUUCCAAGAAGGAAAGAACCUUGAUGAGUAUGUUUCAGUCGUUGUCUUGGAUGAAAUUGGCCUCGCUGAAGAUUCUCCAAAAAUGCCACUCAAAACUCUUCACCCACUUCUGGAAGAUGGGUGCAUUGAUGAUGACCCCCUUAAACACAAGAAAGUUGGUUUUAUUGGAAUAUCCAACUGGGCUCUAGAUCCUGCUAAAAUGAAUAGAGGAAUUUUUGUGUCAAGAGGAGAUCCAGACAAAAAAGAACUGUUUGAAAGUGCCAAAGGGAUCUGUUCUUCUGAUCCUGUGAUACAGAAAAAAGUGCUUAGUUUGUUUGGGAGCCUUGCAGAUGCUUAUCUAACUAUUUGCAAAAAGCAAAAUAAAGAGUUUUUUGGGCUACGUGACUAUUAUAGUUUAAUAAAAAUGGUCUUUUCACUUUCAAAAACAACCAAAUCGGAACCAACCCCAGAGCAGUUAGUGCAAGUUGUGCUGCGUAAUUUUAGUGGAAGCGAUGAUGUUAAUGUUAUGGACGUUUUCAAGUCUGUGCUCAAGAAUGCCUCCCAUGAUAGCAUUGACACAUUGGAACUGAUCAAUCACAACAUAUAUGCUGAUUCUCAUGACAGCGAAUGUCGGUACUUGCUCAUUCUAACCAAAAACUAUGCAGCCCUUCAAAUACUUCAGCAGAUGUUUUUCUCCAGAAAACAGCAGCCUGAGAUAAUCUUUGGAUCCAGUUUCCCCAAAGAUCAAGAAUAUACUCAGAUUUGCAGAAACAUCAACCGUGUAAAGAUUUGCAUGGAAACUGGACAAACAGUGGUUCUGUUAAAUCUGCAGAAUCUUUACGAAAGUCUUUAUGAUGCUUUGAAUCAAUACUAUGUGUACCUUGGAGGACAGAAGUAUGUGGAUUUGGGUUUGGGGACCCAUAGAGUCAAAUGCAGAGUCCAUCCAGAAUUUAGACUGAUAGUUAUAGAAGAGAAGGAGGUGGUCUACAAAGAGUUUCCAAUUCCACUUAUCAAUAGGCUUGAGAAACAUUAUCUUGAUAUUAACACAGUUCUUGAUAGAAAUCAAAGGGAUAUUGUAAAAACACUGAAGCAGUGGGUGCAGACUUUCACAGCAGUCAGACCCAGAAAUGCUUCAAUCCAUGGAAGGCAGCAGGAAUACAGUCCAUCUGAUGUGUUUGUUGGUUAUCACUCUGACACCUGUGCAUCAGUUGUUUCACAAAUAACACAAAGGUUGAAGCACACUGAAGGUUCUUGGGAGGAAAUUCUUAAAGAAGCACAAUGGGUGUUAUUGAAUUGUGCCACCCCAGAUUCUGUGAUUCGUUUAACCAGUUCUGAGUUUGCUGCAUAUCAAGCUGACACGGUGAUGCAGAAGUACUUUGCAGACCAGCAUCACGAUUCCCUUGCAGAUUUCAUCCAUUCUCACACCAAAUCCAAAGUUCAACAUUGGGCCAUUUUCACUGAGGUUACAACUUAUUCACGGCUUCUAACGGCUUCUGACAUUGAUUUUUUGCAAAGGGAAGUAAGUGAGAGUGUUCAGACUGUCUUCUGUUUUUCACUGCAGCAGUUUGACACAGAGCAUUCGUUUCUGAAGAAAAUAAGGCACUGUGUUGAUUCCAGCCAAGGAAACAAAAUCUUGCUCGUACAAACAGACUUUGAAAACAAUUCACAAAGUGCAAAUUUGAUUGCUUCUGCAAAGUAUUCGACUAUAAAUGAAAUCAACAAAAGCAAAAGUGAUGAUUGGACGGUCUAUGUGUAUUUCAUCAUUAAAUUACCAAGAAUGGAAGGUGGAUCAACAUAUGUAGGAUUUCAUGGAGACCCAUGGCAGUCAGCUCAUAUUGAUGACCUCAGGAAGUCGAAAGACAUGGUUGCAAAUGUGACUGCUUUCAAAGGUGUUACAAUUAGCCAGCUGUUUGGCAAAGAGCCAGGGGAACCUGAAGCCAUGAUUGUAGACCAGGAGGAAAUGAUUGAAGAGCCUAUAGCUGAAUCACCUUUUGAAAAUGGAAAGGUGCUGGAUACAACCUCCCUCAUAAGGAGCUGUGUGCAGUCUGCUGUUGGCAUGUUGAGGGACCUGCACCAAAGUUCUAGUCGCAGCACCACACGAGUAGAGAUCCUGCUUUCACUGUUAACCGAAGAUAUUGAGUUCAAAGCUCCAUUUCUGGCAAUGAUGAAACAAAAACUACAUUCUCUUCUGCUGAAACGAGAUGAGGAGUCUCUCAGUGCAACUGAGUGGAUGGUCCGGGAAGCCUCAAACCUUGAAGCACUUCAGGAAGGUGGUACCUUCAGACACACGCUUUGGAAACGAGUUCAAAAAGUAGUGACGCCUUUCCUAGCACAGAUUAUCUCUAUUAUAGACCGGGACUGUAACCUAAACUUAUUAAUUGGUGAUUCUCCUAUAUUCGUACGACAACUUUGGAUGGACAUUUUUAGUGACCCAAAUCUGCUGGAAUUUCCUUACGACAGAAGUACCUUCAGUUUACAAUCUGAAAUUGUUGUCCACAACUACAUGAAGAUGGACAUACUGGAAAUUAGCAAUAUGCUGCCUUUCAGUUGGAGAAUAAAAGACUUUCUGGAUGAAUUGUGGAUUCAAACCCAGUACAUGGAAGGACAAACUGAGCAAAAGGUGAAUGAAAUAUUUAAUAAAACUGGAUUUGCAAAGUACCUUUCAAAUGUGAGUGAAGAAGGGAGACAGGAUUUUUUCUUGAGGUAUUUGGAUGAUUUCCUACUGAUGACCAUGAGCAUUUCAUGCGAAGCUGAAUUUCAGUUCCUUCGAGGAGCACUGAUGUCCUGUGUAAAUGAGCUGAAAAUAAAAUAUAGCAUUGGAGACGAUGUCUCUUUGCUUUGGGUGCACUUUGCAUUUCAACACUUCAAACAUCGUCUGCAAAAUUUUUCACGAAUUGUUGCCAUGCAUCCUUUGGUCCUGCAACUUCUACAGAGGGUGAAAGAUGAAAUUCUGAAAGCAGAAAACAGAGAGAUGGUCGUAGAUGUUUAUGCAGCGGCUGCCUGUGUUGAAAUGCUGGAAUCUGAACGCACUGAAACAUCAUGCGAGAUCUGGCUGCAGAAAGUGAACAGUCUGCAAAUGCCCAUUGAUUUAAUCUGCACCGAAGAAUUCCUGCAAUGCCAAGGAAUCAAAUCGCCUAUUGUACAUUUUGUCCAAGCGGGCUGGAGUCGAAUAUUCUCAUUGUCACUUUUUGUAGAGCAUGUGAUGCUGGGAGUUGAAGAAAUUGACAAGAGGCUGCAGGACUUGGUUAUAACAUAUGCUGGUUUCCUUGGCAAGUGUCUGCACAGCAACUCAGAUGUCAGAACUCGAGGUGCCUUUCAGGCUGUGAUUAAGGUUCUAAGAGAUUGUAAAGAGAAUGCAGGACAGGUGUUCUCUAGAUAUGGUCUGAGGCCGUGCCCAAUUUGCUUAGGAGAACUCAACAGUCCUGUUUUACUUCCAUGCGAUCACAUUUACUGUCAAAACUGUUUAAAGCAGUGGCUUGUUCCAGGGCAGAUGCAUUGCCCAAUCUGCUUAGUUGCACUAAAUGAUGAUUAUACAAUGAAGGUAUCUGAAGAAAUAAGAGAAGCUGUUAGGAAAAAUGCCAUCUUUCGUAAGAGGUGUGACGCAUUUUUCAUUGCUCUGGUUUCCAUGGUCUGCUUCAAAGAUAAUUCGCCACCAACAAAAGAAGUGGUUGAUGACCUUCUGUCACAACUGGUUAUUGAAAAGCACCUGUGUCACAACGUCUCGGGCAUAAGCCGUCAGUAUCAUACCAGAACCCUUUCACCAUUUGAUGACUCUGUUGAUCGAAAUCCUGUUGUCCGUUCUAUUGUACUCAAGCUGCUGCUAAAGUACAGUUUUGAUGACGUUAAGGAUCAUUUGCAACAGUAUCUUUCUGCAGUUCAGAAAUCAAACAUUCUUGAUCAGGAAGAUCAGACUGAACUCUAUGCACUGUUUUUGAGUUGUUUGGAGGAUUCUAUAUACGAAAAAUCCCAGUUUUGCAUGGUGCAGGAAAAAAUUGCUUAUCUGGCCCAAGAGAAAGAUUUUCUUCAGAAGUUUAUUAAACAUAAGGGUCAUCAGACUACAAUAGAAACCUUACAGAUAAUUGCUAGAAUCCGACUUUGUUUUGACAUGGCUUCUCAACUUCUCUGUGAAUCACCUGACACAUUUGCCACGAGUUUAGAAUAUGUUCGUGCAAAAGAAGCUUUUCUGCAGUGGAUAAAGCAGAUUCUUCAAACUUGCAGAAAGGAUUGGUUCCGUGUUUACCUUGUGCGUAAAUUAUGCAGUUUAGGUGGAAUGGAGUUUGUUCAGCAACUUUUGAUGGAUGAUCAGUUUGGUUGGCUGUUUCCAGAGGAAAUUAUUCAACAGAGAGAUCAUCCUGGACAAAUUGAUCGUUACCUUGUGUAUGGUGAAAAUUAUAAACUUAUUCGCGAUGCAGUAGGCAGGGCUAUUCUUAAAUGCAAGACUAAGAGUAUUGCUGAAGCUCUCAAGGAUUGCAAAUGCUCUUCCAAUAAACAAAAUGUUCUCAUGACCCUUGCAAUAUUCCGGGAGAUCACUAGUCUGAAUGCAUCAAGCAACCCACAUGACCGACCAAACCAGUCUCAAUGUGAUACGAUUGAAAAGUACAUACAGAGCGAAACGCUAUUUGAUUCUGGCAGAUUUAAGAAAUUUGCCAUUACGUUAGUCAACAAUGGCAUUCCUGGACUUCAGAUUAAUCCUAAGCAAAGUAGCCUGCAGCGGACAAUCAUCGAAAUAAUCAUUCAUGCUGCAGCUGUCUUAUUCUGUGGGGACAAUAGCAUCCUGACACCACUGAAAAACCUUGCACUCCAACCUGCUGAUAUGGUGAAUGCGUUCUUGCCCACCAUGCCUGAGGAUAUGACUAUAGAAGCUAUGGGCUGGACUGAUUUUGAGAAUCUAAAGUGGUAUCAGUGCCCCAAUGGACAUCCAUGUGUUGUAGGAGAGUGUGGACUGCCGAUGGAAACAUCUCGCUGUAUUGAAUGUAAUGUUGAAAUUGGAGGACAUGGCCACAUGGCAGUUCAUGGAUUCAGCAAUGCUAUUAGGACAGACAGAACACAAACGGGACAUGUUCUCGGAGAUGCAAGCAAAAGAGAAACAGUUGUUGCUCCUGAUAGACAAAUGUCCUCGGUUUCCUUUCUACUUAUUCGUCUAAUGACGCACACAGCUAUGUUUCUAGGAACAAUGCAAGAUCUGCAGUCAGUAGCACAAAUUAUAAAACCACAAGUUUCAAAUCCAACGGCUUUUCUCUUGUGCCAUAUUGAAAAAGACAUGGAACAACUCAUGGGGUCACUGGGAAAGAGUGCUGAUGAAACCGCCAUAGUUAUCCAUCUCGCUCUCAGCCAUCUCAUUUGGCAAAAGCAGUUGCCUCAGUCAGGAAGUGAAAGACUCUCCAGUAAACAGCAAAGAAAUGUUUGGGAGAAAAUGAUUUUGCAAAAUGUGAUAACUCCUACAAUGGAGAACAUGGAUAGAAAGCUUGUGGAUAUUAACAGCCAAAUAAGUCAGGAUCAGAGAAUAUGUUCAAAUCCUAUUGUCAAAAUUGUGUAUGGAGACCCCCAAACAUUCCUUAAACUACCCCAAGCAAAUGCGCUGUACUGUUCUACCAUAUGGAGCUGCCGGAAAAGAAUUUCCAUUGAACAUUUGCGACACAUAGUGGAACAUAAGGAUGGAAAAGAUGCUGUCCCCAUCCUGUGGCAGUUUCUACAAAAGGAAGCUCAGUUAAGGUUGGUGAAGUUCCUGCCAGAAAUAUUGGCACUCCAGUAUGACUUGGUGAAACGAUUUCAGAAUGCAACUGACGUACCUGCGCAAUCUGUUCAUGAGUUUCUUCAGAACUUUAGCCCAGAGCCUGUAAAGCGUACAUUUGCAUCCCGAAUAUCAUGUUUCCUAUAUGUGUGGAAUCAACUUCGAACAUUCCUUCUAACUAAUGGUGCAAUUAAGAUUCCUGAGGAAUACUGUGCUUUGGAUUUGGACAUGCAGAACUGCAGGCUUGAAGUUCUGCUUCCCCGUCGACAGAAUCUUGGCUUAUGCUCGACCGCAUUAGUUAGCUACCUUAUCGCUCUUCAGAAUGACUCUGUUUAUACAGUGGAGAAGUACACCAGCAAAUCUACACCAUACUCAAUCAGUCCACCGGAUGUAGCUGACUUGCACGUAAUCAAGUACGAGGUCGGGAGAGACCUGAUUCCCCUCAUUUCAUCUAACUGCCAAUACACUAUGGAAAAAGGAGGGGAAACAGUGUUUGAGUAUGACUUGAGGAGAAUUGAACAGCAACUUACCAACAGAUUCUUGAAAGGAAAGCCACUUAUAAGCUUAACAGGAAUACCAACUCUGAUUUACAGACAAGACAGAAAUUAUGAAAACAUAUUCAAAGAUGUGAAGAACAAGCUCCCUCAGGAAUUACUGCCAAACUCAAUUAUUAAUGCCAUAAGUGGUGAACUGCAGUCGUACAGUGACAUAUGUGAAGCGUUCACUGCUGUGGAAAUUACUUUAGGAUUUUUAGCCAUGUCAGGCGGGGACCCUAAUCUACAGCUGGUGGUCUACUUGAAGGAGGUUUUGCAAAUGGAAGAUCAAAUGGCACCUCAUGUAAUGGAAGUAUUAAAGAGGUGCAGCUUAAAACACAUCCAAGCACUUUGGCAACUCCUUUCUGCAAGAAAAUCAGAAUUCUCCCUACGUCUGAAGAGGGAUCCUUUCUCAGGAAUUCGAGAUGAAUAUAAAAAGGACCUCAGUACGGAGGAAAAGAAACAGUUGCGUACCUUCUUCAUACAAGCAAGUGUAGAUGCAUUUAUACUGGAACUGCAUGAAAUGUUGACACUGAAAUGCAAAAUUGUUCAACCAUCGGAAUCUUUAAACUCAUUGUGGAGUUUGAAAGAUUCACUGAGAAUUAUUAUGGAUAUGAAGGAGGUGGAUAUUUUGCCAGAACUUGAUGAUCUUUUCCCAGCCGAAAUUUUAUUGUCAAAGAGUGUGGCAACCUGGAAAGCAGCUGUGACUUUCAAACGGGAACGAUUACAAGUUUCAAGAUAAUUUUGAAGAGCCAUUUAGACAAAAUCUUUGUUUCACAGCGAUAAAUAUAUAAUAUUUGGUGUAUGUGCUUGGCUGAGGAGCCAAUGGUGCGAAGCUACCAUCCGUGGGAUUAUGACUGAACGCCUCCAAGUCAGAGUCCCGCCUAAAAGUAACGAUACCCUUGCGCCGUGGAUCACAAAAUAGAGAUUGUAUAAAAAUUAGGGAUUUUUUUAAAAAAGAAAUUAGAAACUAUGUUUCUACUUAUCACUGAAGCAAUGAUUUAUGAAAGACUGUCAGAUAUAACUGCCUUUGUUUAGCACCUGAACUUACUUUGAAGAGAUGUUUGAAGUUUACAAAAUACAGAUUACAUUAUUAAAACUUCAGUCAGUCAUUGCUUAUCUUGGUGUCUUAGUCUAAGGUCAAUUAAGCAUUGUAACGCAUCAUGAAAUUACAGUUUUCCUCUGCAUAUACAUUUAUCCAAGUACGGGUGUUAGAAUAUAUUCUGUCUGCUAUAACAAAAAAUGUACCCAACCUUCUCUAUUCAUUGAGGUGCCUUUAUGCUAAAAAGCUGCUUAAAAAUGUGAAUGUUGGGUUUCUGUAAUGAAGCCAUAUUUGAAUAAAGAUUUACAAGUUUUUUUAAAAGCUGUUCAGUAAAUUUUGAAAACAUAAUGUUUGCUUUUAAUUUUAGGUCUUGCUGUAAGUUUUUACUAAAAUUAAAUAAAGCGUGUUAAUUAAAAAAAAA